UAGUGUACCUACUGUCAAAUCUAUGGUUUUGCGUCAUGUAGCAUUGUUAAAAUGAAAAUAAAAAUAAAAAAUUGCAUAAAUUCUCCAACAGUAAAAAAAAAUAAGAGUGAAUCAAUUUAGUAUUAUCAAUUGAGUUAUAAAUUUAAUAGAAAUAUUUCUUGGCUUUCUUUUUAUUACCACUGAUUUGCUACGUUUCCGUAUGUGAUGAUUGUGAUGUGUUAUUUUUGCAUCCAAAUAUAAAUACAUCUAUUUGCGUAUUUAUUCAUAUGUCCCAUCAUUAUCAUUCGUCUAAAGUAGAUAUGUUAAUAGAAAAUCCAGUAAUAUGCCUAACCGACCGUCCUAACUUUUCCAGUUUCUGUUUGCAAAGCAAUAUGAAAAAUGGCCCUGUAUCUAUUCGUAAGGAGGUCAGCACCAGUGAAAAACAUAGCACACUUUAGUUUAUUCAAGAACAAAAAAUUAGAUUACAAGAAAUGUUACCAGCUGCUGGAAAUCGAUGAGAAUAGCGACCAAGAACAAAUUAGGGCAGCCUAUUUAAAGUUAGUUAAAAGGUACCAUCCCGACAGUGGAACUGAAGAAGCAAAUACGGACAAGUUUCACGAAGUAGACAAGGCAUUUCGUCUAUUAAUCCGCAAGAAAUCUAAAGAACGAUGGGACAUAGAAGAAGCUGUGAUUAUAGAAGAACCUGACAUUAAACACACGGCGCCUCAACACAGACAGUACCUCAGCUACGAUGGAAUUGGGUCCGGAAAUCCCUUUCAAAGACAGAAACAGUAUGCCAAAGUGCGGGCCAUGAAGGCGGCAGAAAACGUUUACGAACAUCGUGUAUCGAAAGCGCAAGCAGACGAUUCAUCUUUACUAGAUAAAAGUAGAAUUUACGAAACCUGGGAAAAAGUACCGCUGAAACACAAAAUAAAAACAAAACACGGAUUCGACAGGUUGGUGGAGGAUUUGAUACAAGAAUCGAUGUCGAAAGGGGAAUUCAACAAUUUAAAAGGCUCGGGAAAACCGCUGCCAUCAUAUCAAAACAGAAACCCGUACGUGGAUUUCGUAACUCACAAAAUCAACGAGGUUUUAAUCGACAACGGCUUCCAACCGGAAUGGAUAACCUUGCAGAAAGAGAUAAGAGAGGAGGCCAAUCGUCUGCGUGGCGAUUUACUGACGGAGAGGAAGUACUUCGGGCCGUAUCCCUUGAGCGUUGAAGAAAACAUCGAAUGGAGCGACAAAGUUUACGGGUACAAAGACGUCGUGGAUAAACUUAACAAGAAAAUUGAAAAAUAUAACCUGGUCGUUCCGGUUCUGAAUAAGCAAAUGUUACAGAUUAGCCUCGAAAACGAAGCUCAGAGGGUCAUGAUCAAUGGAGAAAGCAUAGAGGAUAUGAGGUUUGAUACUCCCUUAAAGAGGGAGAGAAAACGUGAAAUAGAAAACUCGGAUAAUGAAGGCGCAAACUUGUUCGGUUUUAUCGAAUAUUUUUUUAAAGGCAAAUAAGUCGCAGAAAUGUGUAGAUAUAACCAAGUAGUUAUGUAAAUAUGUUUAAAUAUAAGUUAUAAAUAU